AAAAAACAUGGCAACUCUUCGAUGUUUCCACUAAAUCUCAAGCGUCUGGAAUCUAAGCAUUAAUUGUUUAUUACCUGAGGUAUUAAAAAUUAUUAUUAUUUUUGUCACAUUUUUGUGAAUUAAGGUUAUACGUUAGAUUUAGUUUCUCAUUAUAAAUUCUUAGUUAUUGAAUCGUACUACAGACUGCAGUAGUUAAUAUUAGAAGGUUUAGAUGCGAAACUGUCUGUUACCACUGUCAGUCAGUAUGGUGAAUGUGACAAGUAGGCCAAUAGUCUAUUAUAGUCUAUAGCCAUAGUUUAUAGUGUGUAUGUAUUUUAAUACUAUUAAAAAAUAGGUCUACUAAAUAACAAAUAGUUAAAGUUAGACUGAAAUCACUGAAAUCACCCACCAUAAGAUCACUGUAAUUACCACAUAGUCAUAUAAUUAAAAUUCAAUAAUGAAAUAAUGACAAUUUUAGUUUUAGUUUUACUUUUUUAAAAAUUGACAAUAGUAAUAGUCAAUACUUAUUAAUAGUCUAUACUAAGAAUAGUUAGAAAGAGACAAAUAAAAUAAUAAUGAGGCCUACUUUUAGUAGUAUUUUAUAUUAGUAGUGUCAAUACUGACAAUCGAUCCCCUUGUCAUUGUCUUACUAAUACUGAUAAGUACUAAGACUCUCCCUCUUCUUACUCUUACUCUUAGUAGAAUUCAGACACUUCAGUGAUGAGUAGGCUAUUAUAUUUUAUAAUUAAUUUAUAUUACAUCUUUUUAGGUCUUCUCAAUAAUUAUGAAAGUGAAAGAAUAGGCUAGACCAAAUAACUUAUUGAAAAACUAUAGUCUAUAGUACAUAUAUAUUAACUAUAUCUUGUAUAUAUAUAUUAGGCUAAUGAUCAUUCGAGAUGCCACGACUUAUUUUCCAGGGAGUGUCUUCCCUUUGUUUAUUUUUACUAAAUUAUUUUAGGGAUCGAUUUAGGGUUCAGGUUAGGCACGGUUAGGCAUAUGGAUCGAUUUAGGGUUCAGGUUAGGCAGAGGUAUCGAUUUAGGGUUUCAGGUUAGGCAUAGGGAUCGAUUUAGGGUUCAGGUUAGGCAUAGGGAUAAUGACUACACGUGAUAUGUCAACCAAGAUGGCGGCCACUGAUAAAAUAGUGGCAUUUUCAGUGACCAUUUACCGUUUCAGAGUAGCCAGCUUAGGCUAAGUUUAGGCUUCUAAAAUGAAUAAAUAUUGAAGAAUUAGGUUAUUUGGUUGUUUUAUAUAGCACAGUACCUCAGCCUAGGGCUAGGCUCACUGGGCUUCACAUAAAAAAUUAGCAAUUACAGAAAGGUAUACAUUUAAAAACAACAAUUGGUGAAAAACUUGACCUCACCCACCCAAGUACUAUUUAUCCCUGUUCUAGCCAUGGACAGCACCAAGCAGCAUCGAGCCUUGUUUAUCAGUUAGAGGGGGGUGAGAAUGAGUCGGUAUAGAACAGUUUGAAGAGAUGGGUAUUGAGGGCAGUUUUGAAGGCUGUGAUGGUCGUUAUAUUGCGGAUGUGUAAUGGGAGAGAAUCCAUUGUUUUGAGGCACAGAAAGAGAAAGAUCAUUCACAAUAUGUUUUAGUGCGUGUUCUGGGAACAAAAAGAAUAUCCGUGUCUUCGGAGUUACAAAGCUUUUGAAGGGGUGAAUAGACAGAAAGAAGUUCAGUAAGGAAAGGGAGGAACCAGAGAAAAAGUUGUGACAGAGAACAGACAGCUUGUAAUCAAUGCAUGCCUAUUUAGGGAGCCAAUGAAGUGAGUGAAGUAGUGGAGUGACUUGAGCAUGUUUCUUUGCAUUUAGAACUAACCCAGCAGCUGAGUUUUGAACUUUCUGCAGUUUUUCUAUGAAAUAUUUCGGUAAACCUGACAGAGGAGAGUUACAAUAGUCAAGACAAGAGAGAACAUGAGCACAGACUAGUGUUUUUGUUGUGCUAACAUGAUAGUGCCUAGCCCUAGUGAUAGUCUAGGCCUAUGCCUAUUUAAUUAAAUUAGUAUCUAUCUAUUUAGAGCCCCUUUUAUGUUAUAAUUAAUAAUUAAUGUAUACUAUAAUUUAUAGCCUGUCACAUUCUCAUUCAUAAGAGAAAGUAUAAUUCUUUAUAAGUAUGUCUAAUAACAGUAAUUAAUAUGGUAUAGACCAGAGCUGUCAUGUGGGCCCUGCAAACCCUGCUGCUUCAGGGGGCCUCAGUUAUUUAAGGGGCCCAAAGUUUUGAUGUUGAAAAAAAAAUUGAAUCCAUAUUGCACAACUUAAAAGUUGCAUAGAGCCUCAAAAUGUCACAGAAUCUGAAUGACUCUGUUAUUGACUACUUAGCAUAUUGCUCAACUUAAUGUUGCAUAAGAUAGCCAUAGUCAUAGAUGGGCUUAAUUAAGCCUUAAAGCAAAUAAAGUUGUAGGAAUGUUGGCUAUGUCUUUUUGUUAUAUGUAUUAUCAUAAAAGGUCCUAAAAUAUAUUGGACAAUAAAGGAAUUCAAUAAUUUUUUUUUAGCGAAUCAUUAACUUACUACUCAAAUAUACAUUUAAAAAUUAAUUUAAGUCCAGGUCAAUGUACCAGUCCCAAAAGCUGUUCUGAUGAUAAGACAUAGCUGUGUCAUUUAAUAAAAUAAAUGUUAUCAUACUGUUAUGAAUAAAAAAUAUGUUGAGUUACUAAAAAAUGGUUAUAUGAAUAAAAAAUAUGUUGAGUUACUUAAAUAUGUUUAUAUUCCACAGUUGACUUGAAGUGCACCAUAGAUUUUCUACAAGUAUAAUCAAUAUAUACAUUGGAGAAAGUCUAUCUCAAGUAUAUGGUAAUCAAUUCAAAACACAAAAAUCUUAUGUGAAGUAAGUAAGCAUAACUUGUGAUAAGCUAAACUACAGAUUAAAAAAACCUAAUUAAUGUAUAUUAUAUUAUAUAGAUGCCUUGAAGUUAAUUUGAGAUAUUUUUUUUAUCAUUGACCUUUACGUUGAGUUUAUAAAAACUGAUGUUACAUUCAGUUUGAAGAAAGAUAUUAAAAUUAAGAUAACCAGUACAUUGCCAUUACUGCUCAAGUUGAUUACUAUUUAUUUUUCUCAUCAGUCAUUAUCACCUAAUCAUAGGCAUGGAUUAAAGUUACUCAUCUUGAAUUUUUAUUUUUAGGUGUGAAUAAUUCUUUAUAUUUUUGCUUUAAAAUAUAUUUAUUUGCACCAACAUUUCAGGUUUUAAAAAUAGAAGAGCAGCAAUAUAUGGAUAAUUUAAAAUAAAGCAGUUGUUUUCACAAUGGGAAGAAAAAGAAAACAGGUUGAUCCUGAAAAUGGUCACAAAUCCAACUUGCCUCCAUGUCGUGUUUGUGAUGCCCCAGGUGCAGGUUUCCACUAUGGUGCCAAUACCUGUGAGGCAUGUAAGGUAAGCUACUCAUCGACACAUAAUGUGUUAGGAUGAUUCAUGGGAAAUUGUGCCUGGUUUGUCUCAGAAUAUGUUUUUGUGGUAUUGCUAGCAUAAUUUAAUACGUUUCCCCAGGCUCGUGACACAACAUGCUAGCAGUAAAUGUAGAUAAUAACAAAUUACAUAUUGCUUUAUACAGUAACAUUUAAUGAAUUGAUCAUUACUUUAUUUAUUCAAAUUAAAACAUAAUAUCCCUCCAGCCAUUGGAUUUGAAUUUAUUUUAUUUGAACAGCACACUCAUGUAACAUAACUGUAGAAAUAUGAAUCAUUAAGGGUCUUUUGUUACUUAAGAAAAAUUAUAUUGAUGAGAAAGUUAAUUGAAUAUAAAAAUCUCAUUGCUCUGCAGGGUUUCUUCCACAGGAGCUUGAAGCUCCAUGAGCAGUACCGCUGUGAGGGAGAAGAGAGGUGUGCCAUUGAGCACGGCAAAGACAAGCUGUGUCAGAAGUGCCGCUACCAAAAGUGUCUUGCCGUAGGCAUGGGAAAAGAAGGUGGGAGCAAAGUAUUUAUAGAAAUCAUUUGCUAAUUUUAUGAAAUAAAGAAAAAAUCUGAUUAUAAGAAUGCCAGCCUCCCAUGAAUAAAUUAAGUCUAGAAUUGAGAGGAGUUACAAAGUCAGAUCUGUUAAGAUGUUGACAGAAGCUGCAACAAAAAACUGUGUAAUUCCUUAGCAGACUCAUACUGAAUCUAUCCUUAACAAUGGUUUUUACAAUUCUGGUUCAUCACUCAUAUUUCUUCUUCUUCUUCUAUAUCUUAAGGGCCCACGAUCAAUUUAUUGAUCAUUUUGGCUCCUAUGCAUGUAGAUGGGAUUUGCAAUGUUUCUGUUACUGGUGGUGAUGAGGAAAUUAUGCACUAGGGGUUUGAAGGCUUGAGGCAAUAGACACAAAUGCGUCUAGUGUUGUCGCCUCAACUGUUCCUUUUGAAAGAUGGUUCCAGUCCCUGAUUGUCUUGGGCAGGAAUGAGCAGCUCCUAUACUGGCUUCUUGCUGGUAUGAGCCUGAAUUGCCUGUCAUGGCCUCGUCGCUGUCUAUGGGGGAGAGGGACGAGUUUCUGUUUAAUACUGGAACAGUGGACCAGCCCAUUAUUUAUCUUGUACAUCAUGGAGAGCCUGGAUUGUCGUCGUCGUUUCUCCAAUGGUGACCAGCCUAGUGUUUCUAGCAUGCUGCCAACACUAGAGGUAUUCCUGUAGCGGUUUAGGACAAAACGUGCUGCUCGUCGCUGGACCGCCUCCAACCUGUCAAUGCUCUUCUGGGUAAAUGGGUCCCAGACUGAAGAUGCAUAAUCUAAAAUCGGACGGAUAAAGGCUUUGUAUGCUCUUUCUUUCACACAGGAGUUGCCAAUCUUCAGGUUACGCUUUAAGAACCCCAGGGUCUUGUUUGCUUGGUUACAUACAUUGUUUAUAUGCUCUUUCUUUCACACAGGAGUUGCCAAUCUUUAGAUUUCACCUUAAGAACCCAUAACAUGAGCUUAAUUAUCUUUUGUGUUUCUUACUGAGUUUAAAAAAAAUUAAACUAAUAAACAUCACUUUUUGUUCUUUAAUGUGAAAUUGUGAUCUCAACUUUAAUGUUUAAUAAAUCAAAUUAGCUUGUAUUUUCAUUGAAGUUUUUUUUAAAAACGUUAUUUUCAGCGAUAAAAACUGGGAGGUACACAUCUGUGAAAAGGACCAAUGACAUUCUUGAAGUGAAAAAAUUACAAGAAACUGGGAAGGUCAAACCCUUAGGAUCCAGCUCUAGCCAGAUAUUACAACUACUGAAAAGUCCUGGCAUGGACACUGAUUCAGGCAGCCAAAACUCCAAUGAUAGCCAAGCAGGCCAUAACACUUUAUCCUUUGAAAAGGCAAUUUAUCAGUCAUCUGUCAUAAAUGAAUGUGUUAACGGGCAGGAUUUAAGUGCGGCCCAGCAAUUGACUUCUUCCUAUAUUUAUACUGACCAGGCAGAAACAAACUCCAUAGGGUCUCCAUCCAUAAUGUCAAUAUUGGCUGGUUCUCCAAUGUCUCAGGCAUCUUCUCAUGGGACGCUUCCUGCAGAAAAAUCCCCAAUGUCUUUCACAGAAUCCACACUAUCAUCAACUUUAUCACCACUGGCUGUCUUGUCGGCCACAGCAACAGCUGUGCUGACCUCGAGUAACGCCAGCCAGCCACUUUUUUCUACUAAAACGGACACAGAAGCCAUGUCAAGAUUAUUCUGUGACAGAAAAAGUGUUAUUUCUCCUUGCCCAUCCACAUUGGACUACUUUAACUCUACAUCAUUACCUUUGUCUUCAAGCUGCAAUUUCUCUACGCCGUCACUGUCAGUGGGUCCCAGGAGCGACACAUCACAACCCCCUGUGGGCUCUGACAGUGCCACAUCACCAAAGUCCCUGGCAGCCACACACUGUACCACGUCACCAAUGUCAGUGGGACUAAACUGUUCAGCAUCGCCUUCCUCAUCAUGUCAUAAUGGGCCACCAUCCAAUUCAUCGUCAUCUUCCUCAUCCACCACUUACCUCAGUUCCCAGCUGGCCAACUCGGACUUGCUGGGCACCUUUUGUGAUUCGUGUGGCUGUAAUUUAGAGGACAAAGACAUCUCAUUAUUAUACCAGGAUAAAGAUAAGGUGGUCCGCAUGCUUGUAGAAGCCCAUGAAUAUUUUGUGAUUCCUGUGUUUGGCCGGUUAUCGCCAGACGAGCAGCUACGACAGCAGGUGGAGCAUGUGGUGAGUAGAUUGAAAUAAUUUGAGAAAAGUCAUAUUCAUUGUGUCAUAACUGAUUGCCUCUGCAUUGGAAUUUAAGCUAUGCUUUAAGUUAUUUUGAUUUAUGAAGGUAUUGACAUUCUAAACUAAUGUUACCAUGCAAUGCUUAGUUCAUAUAAAAUUCCCUAUAACUGCACCAUGCAGUGCGUAUAUUUAUGUUCAAUAGUCGGGAACAUUCUCAUUCCUGCACUUAAUGGAUUUUAAAAAAAAAUUAUAGUAAUUUUUGCUUUAUUUUUUGUUUAAUCAAUCUCAAUGUGAUCAAAUAAAUAUGCUUAUGCUUAUAUGUAAUCUUUAAUAAUAUAUAAGUAUUUUUAUUCUAAAUUAGAAAUACAUUUAUAUAAUAGUAAGAGAAUUUACAGGUGUUUUGGAUCAUUAACAAAGCUGAAAUGCCUUUUAAAAGGAGAUUGACACAAUACUUUCAUCAGUGUAUAGCUGUUAUUUAUUUUAAAAUUAUAUUAUAUUAAGUAUUAACCUCAAUGUAAGAUUGUAUAUAUUGCUUUAGGAAGCACUUCCAUAAUGACAGAAUAAAAUUAAAAUUGCUUUUAUUUACGUUUAUUUAAAGACUUAAUAAAUAUGUGGGUGUGGGGAAGAUGGGAUGUGUUUUUAAUAUACACUACACAGAUGGUGGGUGUGUUUGAGAGUAUAUCAUUAUCUCAAAGUUCAAAUACGUUUCAGAACAGAAAUUUGUAUUAUAACUAUAAUUAAAUAAAAAUGUCCUCAUUAUUAUACUCUUCAAUAAGCACUUUCAAAAUGACCGGGAAAACAUGCCAACUAAUUUUAUUAAAGUUGAUUAAAAACAUAAUAAAUAUUUGGCUUUGGAGGAAGGGGGGGCCACAGAAUCCCUGGGUGCAUUUGAUAAGUAUAGCAAUAUCUCAAUAGGUUACCAGCCGAAAUUGGUAUAUAGAUAUUUUAAAAGUAAUGAAAUAAUCUAUUUGAUUCUCUAUCAUUAACACAUUUCAGUGCAAGGAAAGAGAAUGUGUACAUCUUUAUGUGAAUACAAUAUAUUUAAAUUUGGUGAUAUUAAAGUCUUGAAGAAAUGGUUUUAGAUUUUCUUUCAAAAUAAAUAAAUAUAUGUUACAGUAAUAUCGGCAAAGGCAAUUCAAGGGCUUUGACACAUUGUGGACACAUUUUGGACACAUUUGCAUAAUUAUACACAUUGCUCAAAACUUAAUGAAGUUAUAAAGGGGAACAUAAUGGAUCAUAUUUUUUUUUAAACUAAGGACAUUGCAAGUUUUCCAAAUAUACAGUUCAGAAGUGAGGAUAAUGUUUGUACACAUAUUUAUGAAAAUAACAAUAUGUUUUUAUUACAAAUUUAUUGUACAAGUUUAGUGAAAAUGGGUUGAAAAUGUGAAAGAACAAAGUAGGGACAUUGUUAUUUCAAUAACAGAUCUUAAAACUCAAUCAUUUUACAGACAUGAUUUUUUAUUAUUUAAAAAUAGAUAAAUAAUUGUUUAAUUUCCCUAAAAUACAGUUUAGAGGUGUGAACAAAUAAUGGGAAAGAUUAUCUUUAAACAAUAAGGAAAAAUCAGACUAUUAUAAUUUUUAACAAAAUAAAUUCAAAGGCCAUGGGACAUUUUUAUAAGAUUAGAAAUAGUUCUUAAAAAACAAGACUGUUGCAGAAGGGGUAAUUUUUUCAGAGAAAUUUUUAUAAAGAAGAAUUUUGUUAAUUUACUAACAAUUUUUGGUUAAUAUAGUUCAGGAGCGAGGUAGAGGCUACGUACAAUUUUAAUCAAGAUAACAAUAUAUCGAAAUCUGUUAAUUUUAAAAAUAAAGAUUUUAACAAAUUUAAUGACAUGGAUUUACAAUUUUUAGAAAAUGUGUUUUCCUUAUAGUUCUGGGGGCAUGAAAAGGGGUUGGUUUGGCCUAUGUUAUAUAGAAGAAAAAAAUUAUCAAAACCCAAUGACGUUAGAAACAUAAAUAUCUUUACAUAGAUACUUCUUUACAAAUCACAGAGGUUUGAUUUACAACUUCCUUUGUAUACAAGUUGAGGGCAUUGAAAAUUGUGGUAAUUUUUAAAUGGUUCAAUACAUUAAAAUCCGAUUCUGUAACACAUGUAAAAGUUGUAUUUUUAGAUGUUGAGACUUCGCAAUAGCAGGUGGAAAGUAACGCAAUUUGUCCUUCAUUAUAAUCCCUGUGACAUGGGUCGUAUCUUCUUUUGUCAUGAAAUUCAUGAUAUCGGCAUAUUAUAAGUAUCCAUACAUAGGAGGGAAAAUUUAGUUUUACAUAGAUUUGAAAAUUAUUUGAAAAGAUAGUUCUAAAUGAAUUUUGUCUCCAGGGGGAUUUUGAUUGGGUAUGCUUUGAAAUUCUCAUAGAUAUGGAGAAUUAAUUUUUUUUAUUAAGUUGUUCGGGGGGGGGGGGGGGGGGUUUAAAAAAAAAAAAAGUUAACUCAAGUUUCUGGACAUAAAUGAAGAGUUAAAAAGAAAUAUUCAAGGUGCUAAAAAGUAUUUGUCAACAUGUUGCACAAAUUUUGCAGGAGAAUUGCAGACUUCAUCAAGAAAUUUUUGGGAAACUCCCCAAACUUCCAGACCAUGAGUAUGACUUAAUAUAUGAGACAACAGGGCUGGACACAGAUGGCCGGCAGCAGAGGUUCUACAGGGUUAGCAUUUGGCUGGAAAACCAGAUCAGAGGCAUGGUCAAGUUUGCCAAGGCCAUACCUGGCUUUGGGAAGGUGGCCACAGCAGACAAGGUCAACCUUGUUAAAUGUGAGUUCAGUUCAGGGUUAGGUCAUUUAAAUGAGAAGCAGAGUAGAAAGGGCUCUUAACCUAUUUUAACGCCUUGCCAUUUUUUAAUUUUCAAAAUUAGGUUUUGGGCAUUUUUUUUUAACUUAGCAUAUAUAAUGUAUGCCACUGCAUUUUUUUUUACUUCAGAUUUAAAUUUAAAAAAUAUUUGAUUCCUAUGUAACGGAAAUAUUAAAAAGAAGCCAAUAAAAAGGAUAAUUUUUUUCUAGGGACUAAGAAUUUUUAAAAAUUUCUUAAUAUUGUAAACAUAAUGAAUUUUACUUACUGUGGUGUCGUCAAAAAGGAUUAAAAAUUGCAUUACACAGAAGUGAUGUUUGAACUUUGUUUUGCUUCUAGGGGAUAAAGUGGUUUUAAAAACAGCCCACUUCAGUCCAUGCCUGCCAGUCUACGCAAUGAAAACUUAUUAAUCAGGAACAUGUGGCUUUAAAUUAAACAUUUCCUUGUCAUUAUUUCUUCUCACUGGUUGGUCAAAUUAUAAAUCCAAUAAAAAAUUUUUUUAUUAAGCAUCAAUUUUUUUGUACACGGGGUUUUCUCCAUAUUUGUUUCUGAUUCACCAAUGCUUUCAAUAAAACUUUUUUUUGUGUACUUGUUGUAAGACUGUUUGACUUUGACUGCAACAUUUUCAUGACCCUAUUUAUAAUGGAAGUAUUGGUAACUGUUGUUCAUUGUUCAUUGACUGUAUAUUAUCCUGGCAGAUUCCCGUCAAGAGUUCUGUCUGUUCAGCUUGUACACGACACUCAACAGUGAGCUCAAGGUGAUGAGGGGGGUGGACAACGAGUGGAAGUGUGAGAACGAACUCAUCAAAGCUGGGAAUGUGGAAGUGUUUCGGGACUUCAUUGAGAAACAGUUCAAGUUCUGCAAAUCUCUACAAAAACUGAAUCUGACAGAGGAGGAGCAGAUUGUUAUCAAGGCCAUUUUGGUCAUGGCACCAGGUAUGUACCAAGUUAUUUUGUUAAAAAACACAAAGUAUAUAAGAAUGUUUGCACCAAGGGAAUGUGACAAGGGCAGAUUUCCUUAAUGCCAGACAAGGUUUUUGGUGACAAAACUUACAAUUUGCUUUAUGUCAAGUAAACAAACAUUUGGAUUGAAUGUUAAAGUUUUCUAUCAAAAUAAUUGUAAGUAUUAUUACUUUUAUAAAGAAGUACUCUUUUUUUAAAAAAAGUUUCUGCAUCAAGAGUGUAGAUGUAGCAACAAGACAUGAAAGUCUGUCAUGGGAUAGUCUGUUCUAACAUUGGCCUGUACACCAUGAUCUAAUAAAGGUUUUUCUUCUGUACAGUGUUAAGCCAUAAAAAGAACAACCCACGCAAAGAAAACAUAAAUGAUCGGCUGCUAAUAACCAUAAUCCUAACCUUAUAAUCAUUAUACUACCUCUGAUGGCAUAAUCAUAAAUAAACAAAAUGUUCCUUUACAUAUAAUAGAUCAUCAGUUUAUAAUUUAAUUUAUUUUCCCCUUUCAGACCGUUCCAUGCCUGUAGAGUCUGAGCUGGCCCAUGACAUCCACUGGCACCUGGUGGAGUGCUUGAUACACAUCCUGGCCAGGAACUACCCCAACCCAAACUUCAAGCUUGCUCAGAUCAUGAGCAGGAUCACAGAGGCCCGCACACAGACAGAGAAUGCCAUCAGCUUCAUCAAGAACCUCAAAAUAGAGAAGUAUUCCAAAAUGCUGGACAACCCACUCCUAAGGGAGGUGAUGGCUGGGAUUAUAUUUGACUUCAAGGAGGAUGAAGGUGGUGCGGAGUGAUCUUCACCCCCACCCACCC